AUGAGCAGCGGUGUGCAAGUGAACUCCAAAACAGACUCGCUGCGCGCAUCCGCGGCAAAUCUCAGCAUACCUCCACCACGGAUCCGUCACGAGUACUUUUUGCUAAAAUCCUCAGCACAGGAUUCCCAGAGGGAGAGCGCCCCCAGUGAGGCACAAAGCUCCCCUCGACCAAAGCGCAGCAAAUAUGUUUGGUUGCGGCGCAUGUUUUGCCAUGUGCCGCAGGAACAAAACCAAAGUCUGCAGCAUCUCCGCCGUGGUGCAAGGUCUGCCCACGGUUUUUCCUGGCUCACCAGGAGCUUCAGGGUAAACUUCUCUCUUCUCCAUCAGAGGACGCACAGAGUGGCUCAGCCGGCCACACCAGCACCACGCUCCAGAGCCCAGCCACUGUCCACGCCUCCUUCCCCCGCCCCCCUCACACUUAUAGAGGAGACCCCAGAGGAGGAUGGUCUGCCCCACAUGGACGAGGCCCUGUCAGAGUCUGUCCCCAAAGACCUGGAUGUGCUGCUCCCUGGCCAGACCACAGAGGAGCACCAGACCACAGAGGAGCACCAGACCACAGAAGAGGACCAGACCACGGAAGAGGUCCAGACCACAGAAGAGGACCAGACUACAGUGGAGGUCCAGACCACAGAAGAGGACCAGACUACAGUGGAGGUCCAGACCACAGAAGAGGUCCAGACUACAGUGGAGGUCCAGACCACAGAAGAGGACCAGACUACAGUGGAGGUCCAGACCACAGAAGAGGACCAGACUACAGUGGAGGUCCAGACCACAGAAGAGGACCAGACUACAGUGGAGGUCCAGACCACAGAAGAGGUCCAGACUACAGUGGAGGUCCAGACCACAGAAGAGGACCAGACUACAGUGGAGGUCCAGACCACAGAAGAGGACCAGACUACAGUGGAGGUCCAGACCACAGAAGAGGACCAGACUACAGUGGAGGUCCAGACCACAGAAGAGGACCAGACUACAGUGGAGGUCCAGACCACAGAAGAGGACCAGACCACAGAAGAGACCACAGAAGAGGACCAGACUACAGUGGAGGUCCAGACCACAGAAGAGGACCAGACUACAGUGGAGGUCCAGACCACAGAAGAGGUCCAGACCACAGAAGAGGUCCAGACUACAGUGGAGGUCCAGACCACAGAAGAGGACCAGACUACAGUGGAGGUCCAGACCACAGAAGAGGACCAGACUACAGUGGAGGUCCAGACCACAGAAGAGGACCAGACUACAGUGGAGGUCCAGACCACAGAAGAGGUCCAGACUACAGUGGAGGUCCAGACCACAGAAGAGGACCAGACUACAGUGGAGGUCCAGACCACAGAAGAGGACCAGACUACAGUGGAGGUCCAGACCACAGAAGAGGACCAGACUACAGUGGAGGUCCAGACCACAGAAGAGGACCAGACUACAGUGGAGGUCCAGACCACAGAAGAGGACCAGACCACAGAAGAGGUCCAGACCACGGAAGAGGUCCAGACCACAGAAGAGGACCAGACUACAGUGGAGGUCCAGACCACAGAAGAGGACCAGACUACAGUGGAGGUCCAGACCACAGAAGAGGACCAGACUACAGUGGAGGUCCAGACCACAGAAGAGGUCCAGACCACAGAAGAGGACCAGACUACAGUGGAGGUCCAGACCACAGAAGAGGACCAGACUACAGUGGAGGUCCAGACCACAGAAGAGGACCAGACUACAGUGGAGGUCCAGACCACAGAAGAGGACCAGACUACAGUGGAGGUCCAGACCACAGAGGAGGACCAGACCAAUACUUUCGUCCAGUCCAUAAUUUGGGACCAGACGACAGACACCGAGGAUGAGGAUGAGGAGGAUGAGGAGCCCAACCCUCUCCCUGCGCACCUCUCCAUGGGGGAGCCAAUGACCUCGGUAAAAGUCCUCUCUGAGACCGACCUUGAGCUUGUGGGUGAUGCAGGAAGACUCCCAAACGGUGCUUACUGGUGUUACCAGAACGCCGUUGUACAGCUGCUGAGGACAGCAGAACCUGUCAUGUCCACGCUCAGCGCUCAGGCGACUGUUUGGACUCACUGCGAGGAAGCAGAGCUGCUGAGGAACAUCCAUGACCUGGCAGAAGCCCCCUACACAGAGGCCUCUGUGUGCAUGACGACGCUGGUGCAGAGCUUCAGGCAGACUGUGGCGGUCUCUGCUCCCAUGUUUGGAGGCUCAGAGCAGCAGGAUGUCCAUGAGUUCCUUAUGUCGCUGAUGGAGCAGAUUCAGGGCCUGAGCUCCAUCUUGCAGGUGUUUGCCUGGAGCCAGGAGCUGGAGUACGUCUGUCCAGUGUCACAGCACGUGACCUUCUGCAUGGACAGCAUUAGGACCUGUAAGAACUGCGGUCAGGGGUCCUCGAGGCAGGAGACCUUUACCAUCCUCUCCCUGGACCUGCUUCCUGAUAGGUCUGUAGACGAACUCCUGCAGAACCAUUUAAAGGAAACAGAGCUGGAGUUCAGAUGUGGGUGUGAAGGCAGACUUUCUGGGAUGACUGCAGCCUUUGCAACUCUGCCAAAUGUCCUAAUCCUCCACCUCAAGAGGUUUGCAUAUGACCACAACUGGAAUAUGCAAAAACUCAAAUACAAGGUCAAACUGGACAAGAGGAUUGUCGUCAAAUCCAAACAGGACACAGCACAGUUAAAUCUGGUGAACGUAAUUUCUCAUUUGGGACCGUCCACUAAUUCAGGUCAUUACAUCAGUGACGGGGUGGACCCAGAGGGCGGGGCCAAAGAGCCAUGGUUGACCUACAAUGAUAGGACGGUGUCCCAGACCGACAGGAAGACGGUGUGUGGCCUCAGGGAGAGGGAGGCCUACAUCCUCACCUACCUCCGAGAGGGUCUGUAUGGGGGGGGCAACUUGAGGGUAUGGCCUCAGGGAGAGGCCUACAUCCUCACCUACCUCCGAGAGGGUCUGGAGAGGGAGGCCUACAUCCUCACCUCCCUCCGAGGGAGUCUGGAAGGUGGGGGCAUCUUCAGGGCUCUAGUCCCUGAGCUUCAUGAGGUCCUGGGGUCACCACGGGUUGGAGCCACAAACCUUCAGUCGGAUUCAUUAUACCUGGCGGAUUUGCCCGACUGUCUCCGGUGCGUGAAUGCGCCCCUGCCAAGGAAGCGUAAACGCCGGCGUGGAGUGCGAGCCGGCCGGCUCUUAAAGCUAAAGGCCUGGCUGGCGUUUUCUCCGGGCUCCGCGAAGUCCCAUUCAGUCCCAGCAGACUUUGGCAGCUGCUUUCAGCGUGAUGUGUCCAGACGCAAGCUUGUGUCCAUUGGCUCCUGGUUGGUUCCCGUGCUCGGACAGCAGGAGGAGGACGUCUGUGCGCUGCGCCAGGGUCGCUCUACCCGGGAUACUAGCGUCUGGAACCGGUUUGAGACCCCUGCUGUAGAGGGACUGGCAUUGGGAUUGUCUCUGGUUGACCCAAAGGACCUGCAGGAGAAGGCCGUGGUGCUUUGA